CAUUUCGCAGGGAUAAAAAAAAUUUUUCCAAUCGUAUGAUUCAUGUAUAAUCUUUAAAAGCGGAUUUGUCGUUGAAACAAUAAGGAAGGUACAGACCGUUUAAGGUUAGAAAAACAUGAUUUCUACUUUUUAUGAAAAAAUUGUUGGAACCUCACCACCUCCCGAACCAAGUGAACCAAAAGUUCUUUGCGUUGGAUUGAGCUGUCUUGACAUUGUGCAAUUGUGUAAACAUUAUCCCCAAGAAGAUUCAGAUCAGAGGUGUAUUGACUUCAGAUAUCAAAGGGGAGGAAAUGCUUGUAACAGUUGUACCGUUAUGUCUCAACUCGGCCAACCGUGCGAAUUUCUUGGAGUUUUAAGUAAUGAACAAUUUUCUCAAUUUCUGCAAGACGAUAUGCGUAAAUAUAAAAUUGAUUUUUUGCACUGCCCAAUAAUGGAAAAUGGUGGAUGCCCGACAUCUGUUGUGAUAUUGAGUAUGAGUACAGGAUCGCGUACUAUUAUACAUCAUGAUCAAAAUCAGACCGAAAUAACUUUAUCAGAUUUUGAAAAACUUAAUUUAGAAAAUUACAGUUGGAUACACUUUGAGGGAAGAAAUAUUUCCGAAGUUCUAUUAAUGAUGCAGCACAUUGAAAAUUACAAUAAAUCUGUAACGCAAAGGGAUAGCGAAACCAAUGAAAAGUUAAGCCGAUAUACUCCAAUAACAAUUAGCGUAGAAUUAGAAAAGAAGAGGCCUGAACUUUUAGAUUUAUUGCCCUAUGCGGAUGUUGCAUUUAUAUCUAAAGACUUUGCUAAAAGUAGAGGAUAUCUUAAUAUGAGUGAAACAUUAAAAAAUGUGAGUCAUGAUGCUAAAACAGGAGCAACCAUAUUUAGUGCCUGGGCAGAUAGAGGAGCCAUGGCUCUUGCUCCUGAUGGAACUAUCGUACAAUGUCCCGCUUUUCCACCACAUAAGAUCAUUGAUACACUUGGUGCCGGCGAUACUUUUAAUGCUGCAAUAUUAUAUUAUUUGAAUAAGGAAAAAUUGGCUUUUAAAAAGGAUUAUAGUAGCAAUGCCAGUGAUUCUAUAAAAAUGACAAUUCAACAGAACUAUAAUAUUGAAAGUUCUGAAAAGUGUCAGACUGAAUUUAUCGAUCAAGCGGUCCUUCAAGAAGCCAUUACCUUUGGUUGUCGAUUAACUGGUGCUAAAAUUGGACUUCAAGGUUUUGAUGGCUUAAGCUCAAUUUAUAAAAAUUACUUAUGAUA